GGGGAAAGGAAUUUCGUGGGUUUAGGAAAGGGUAUAAAAAAGGAGGGAACUCUUUCGCUUACUUGCUCCUUCUGCAAAUUUCGUGAUCGUCUGAAACAAAAAAAAAAAACCCUAGGAGAGAGAAACUGACUGAAAUUUCAAGUUUCAAAGCGAAGAAAUUACGAUGACAGGAGCAACUGACACCAACAAUGAAGGAACCAACGCUUCUACGGAGGAUAAGAAGCCAGAUCAAAUUACUCAUCUCAAUUUGAAGGUCAAGGGUCAGGAUGGGAGUGAGGUAUUCUUUAGGACCAAACGUACCACACCUUUGAAGAAGCUUAUGAAUGCUUACUGUGACCGGCAAUCUGUGGACAUGCAAUCCAUAGCUUUCUUGUUUGAUGGUCGGCGACUUCAAGGAGAUCAGACUCCUGAAGCGCUGGAGAUGGAAGAUGGUGAUGAAAUUGACGCAAUGUUGCACCAGACUGGUGGUUAUUAGCUGAGCUGCAUUGCCGAUGAUGGAUCUAUUAUCAUUAGUAUAGUAUUAUUAGCUUGUUCCAGGGAAAAUUGGGUCAGCUGCCAACUUCUGUUUUGCUGUGAGUCUGUGACUGAGCAUAUAGACAACAGUGAUCACUGCCUUGUUUCCAUUUUUACAGGAUAUGCACUUUUUGGACUGAAGAAGUUAAAGGUCGCUGUUACUUCAGACCCUGUUAGGUUGUUAAUAACUUUUUUUUAUCCAGAGUACUUGGUAGUUAAGUCGAAUUCACUGUAUUUCUCGUACAAUGGAUUCUGAAUUACAGUAUAAUGGUUAUAUGACAUUUUAAGUAUGUCAAGCUUGA